AAUUGGCACUGUUGACAUUCUGAACGUCGCCUCCAGAUCCCAGAUCCAGAAGCUGCUGCUGCAGAAAGAUGAUUUCCGACGGUCAAACAGGCGGAACGCCCAACGUUCGGCUGAUCAUAUCCGUUGUAAUAAUUGUUGGUUGUUUUACUGUGAUAUAUCCUAGAUUUUUUCAUCCAUUAGUACUAAAGGCGUUUGGAAUGGCACAAGAACCACCAGUCAAACGUCAGCCAGAUUUCCCACCUCACCGAGGUGGUGGUGGACAUGGUCCCCCCAGUGGUCAACAAGAUGACAUCAAACAACACAUGCGGCCUGGUCCUCAUCCUGGCAUGCGAGCAUCGGCUGAAAUGAACAAACAGAAACAUGCAAGUGGUGGCAGAGGAGGCAUCAUGGGAAUGGUUCUGCCAAUGUAUGCUGUGGGCAUUGUAGUUUACCUCAUCUACACUUUAUUCAAGGUGUUUAAUAAGCAAGGGAAGGGAGACAUUCGUCGUCGACAGCAGGAAGAUCAACAGAGGCGAGGCCUGGCAUACAGGGGAGGUAAUGGAGGCCAAUAUAGAGAGGCGGUUAGUACUUACACUGGGAGUGAGCCCACACCUUUGAGGGAUGCCUAUGGAGAGACUCCUGAGGAUAAGCUUGCAAACAUUGAGGAUGUACUGAACAAAGCAGAGGACAAAAAUCUCAGUGAGUUACAGAUGCAAGAUCUGCAGCGUCGCCUACAGGAGACAGAGGCACAGAUGGCUAAUAUUCUCAAGGCCAUGAAUACUGUGUCGACCAAGGUUGUAGAUGCUGCUGAUGAAGAUGAUAGCGAGGAACAGUUAUUGAAAGCUAAGGAAAAGGAAAACAAAUCCAAUGACUCAAGUCCAGACAUCAGUAGCUAUGAAGUGAUUGACAAAUCUAAGGGAGAUAAGUCCAAGAGCUCCUCACCUGAGGUGGAGACGCUGACUGCAAGGGAGCUCGACAAUGAUGAGCAAGGAGAGAAGGCAAAAACAGGCGAAAUGGAGGAGGACUCCGAAGGCAAGAGUGAAGAAAAGGAAAAGGAUGAUGAUGCAGAAAUUGAGGAAGUGUUAUUGGAGGAUAAGAAGGAUGAAGAAGAGGAAGAGGGAGAAUCAAGUGUGAGAAAAAGGAAAGCCCAUCCUAUAUCUGACUGAAUCAUCAGUCAUUGCCACCUAGUUUGGUCUCAUUCUGAAUCUUUUACAAAGAAAGCAUAAAAUAUUGUGUAUGAGAGAGGCAAAUAGCUGUUACAUUUUUGUCUGUUGUAAUGAUUGAUAUAAGAUCUAUCAUUAAUUUAACUUCAAUAGAAAUGAAUUGACAUAAAUGCAGGAGAAAGUAUAAAAGAUAUUUUUUAGAAAACAUUCUCAGGCAAUUCCAUAAAACCAUUUCCAAAACUUUCAUGAGCUCCAAUAUUGUACCAGAGAUCUACCUUCGUAGUGGGUACACAAAAAUUGGAGAAAGUCUUGCAGCAUGAAUCCAGAAACCGAAUGUCUGAGUCCAAAAACCACUGUAAUUCAUUAUUUAGUCUUUGAAGUAGAAUUGCAAACAGGUGCAACUGGAUUUAUUUUCUUGACACUGUAAUGGAGGACACAUUAUACAAUCAUUAUGUUUUAACAUAUGGAUGUUAUAUUUU